AUGCAUCUUUUCGGGACUUUCCUGCUGGUCAUCUGCGCUGUUUUCAUGAUUCAAGCUUGUGGUCCAUUAACAGCACGUACAGGACCUCCAGGUCCUCCAGGCCCUCCAGGGCGAGAUGGACGAAAGGGAAACCCUGGUGAUCGAGGACAACGGGGACAAGAAGGAGAGGUAGGAGAAAGUGGACCAGUAGGAAAGCGUGGGAUUCAAGGUCCUCCAGGUUUGCCAGGAGAUGUAGGAGAGAAAGGGGAAAAAGGAAGAGUUGGACUCCAAGGUUUGCGAGGACCAAAUGGCAGAAGAUAG